AUGCGGAGGGAAGCUGAGGUAAACCACGCACAUAUGCACUACGUCAAAUGCUCCCCGAUAAAUAGGCCAAUGACUUCCAAGUUCCAAAAACCCUCACUUUCAAAAUGAGGCCAAGUGCGCAACCUUUCUUGUACUUUUCGCACGCCAGCUCAUACCGCGAAAAUGUAGCCUCUGCUCGCAGGGUACCUUUCUUGUGAAAAUGAGGUUUAUUUGCAUGAAAAUAAAAAUAAUCAUUUCCAUAUUAAAGGCUGACCACUUAACCUUGUUCAAAUACAGAGGUACAGGGGAACUCGAAAGUGACUUAUUUAACACUAAGGGGGUUCAUAGCUUGUACUGCCGAAAGUUAUUCAAUUUUAAAGCUGAGUUCCCCGGUUUGAAUGGGCAAAAAUAUUAUUUUUAAAAAAAUGUAUUGCUUUUUUUACGACAAAACCGGCUAAUAUUAUAUUUUGUACUGUCAUUGUAUUCAUUUGGCCACUAGUUUCAAUUGGACUUUACUCUGAGCUAUGCGCAAAUAAUAUAUUUAAAAAUUAUUCCACGAGUGCGUGUUGGAUAUGAGAUGGUAGAUAGCCAACUCGGCGCGUAAUCAUCUCAUGAUCAUAUACAAGCACGAGUAAGUGUCCCUAACCCUUCAAUUUGUUUUCUUUUGGUAGAUUUCCAUAUCUUUCAAAAACUCAUUUUCGAAAACAAUUUUCAGAAAUAUUGAAUCCUUUUUUUUGACGAGCGCUAAAAGUUACUGAAAUUUUUAAAUUUUGGCGCGCUAUAAGCCCCGCUGGACAAAUUUUUGUCUCGUGGGCUCAUUAAGAACGAGCCAAUGAAAAGCGUCCGAUAUUUGACACUUUUUUAGCUGUGACGUAAGAAAAGGACACCUAUCAGAGGGAAUCUUAUGCAUGCUGAUUCCUUUCUCUUUAUUUCGAGAGUUGCUGCAUUCAAAAACCACACAUUUUUCGACCAUUUACUCUGUUAAACAAUAAAGCAUUACCGCGAAUCUUCGCAUAUUUUUGCCCGAUGUCCUUUUUUUUCGUCACGCUCCAUAUUUGGACACAUUUCACCGAGUGGGGGACUAACGCGAACGAUAGGUAAAAAUAUCGACAAGAUUGCCUGCACUUUUAGUGCUCGUAAAAAAAAGGAUUCAAUAUUUCUGAAAAAUUUUUUCGAAAAUGAGUUCUUGAAAGAUAUGGAAUUUUAACUUGGAGCAGACGUGUACAUUUACCAUAUUUGUAGAUCAUGGUAGAAUGGCGCAUAUACCAUGAUGGCUAAGCCAAUCAGAGCUCUAGAAUUGCAUUUUCCGACGAUUCAGAUCUUAAUAAUCAUGUUUAGAUCAAGAUCGUUCUGUGGCCCCCACGUAAGGGGAUCCAAGACAGUCGACUUGGAUUCUGGACUCCACGCCGUGGACUCCGGUACUGGAAUCCAGUCUUUGUCAGUGGUACUUGGAUAAUCCGGAUUCCAAUCGUUAGGGGGAUUCCGGAUUUUUUGAGGGAUAAUCCGGAUUCCACAAGCAAAAUUUUUCCCCAGUCCGGAUGACACAGGAAGAAAAUUUCCCGGAUUCUGGAAUCCGGAAUCCCGUACUGAUGAUUUUUUUUAAAUUUAAUUCUUUCUCUCUGCGUCUUAAGGAUGCCACAUCUGAGGGAUCAUCAACCUCUUUCGCAAGGGGCCCUUUAAGAGUAACACUAGUGGGAGACGAAUGGGGAUCAUCAAAAGGCGGAUUAUCUACGCUGAACAGAGAACUAGCAAAACAUUUGGCACGGCAGCCUGGGGUAGAGGUAACCCUUCUGUUGCCACAUUACAGUGAAAGAGAGAAGCAAGAAGCUAAUGACUGUAGAGUAAGCCUUGCGACACCUGAGCCAAUGACUGGGUUUGAUUCCAUCCGGGCAUUGAGCUUUACCAGAGAAGAUCAUGAUAUUGAUGUUGUUGUAGGCCAUGGUCAGAAGCUAGGAGUACCAGCCCAGGCCAUAGCAAAACAGCGCAAGUGCAAGCGAGUUCAUAUAGUACACACUGCCAGUGAAGAGCUUGCAAUGUUUAAGGAAGGCGAAACAGCGCUACCAAAAGGCGAGGAAAAACACCAAGCUGAAUUAAAACUGUGUAAGGAGGCUGAAAUCGUCGCGGCUAUUGGACCGAAGCUAGCGGAAGCCAUCUCCGCCCCCCUGCGGUCGUACCGUAAGGAUCAACAAGUGAUAGAUAUUACACCUGGAAUCUUUCCGGAGUUCAAAAAGAUGCAGCAAGCCAGUGAGGAGAGGGGAAAGUUCCGCAUCCUAGUGUUUGGUCGGGGUGACUCGGAAGACUUUGAACUAAAGGGAUACGAUAUAGCCGCCCAAGCUGUAGCAGGCUUGAAUGAUAAAAGCUACCUUCUAAUAUUUGUCGGAGCGCCAAAAGGAAAAGAAGAAGAGGUCAAAAAUAACUUGCUGAAGUGCGGCAUUUCUCGCAACCAACUUAUCGUGCGAGGCUUUAUUGAGAGUCGUGGUGAAUUGGAAAAUCUCUUCUGUGAGGCGGAUUUAGCCAUUAUGCCGUCACGAACAGAAGGUUUUGGCCUCGCAGCACUCGAAGCUCUUUCCGCUGGCCUCCCUAUUUUGGUGGGUGAUAAUUCUGGAUUCGGAAAAGCUCUGCAGACUUUAACUUUUGGUUCGUCGUUCGUGGUAGACUCUGAUGAAACUGAGGAGUGGGGUAAAGCUAUUAGACGUGCGAGACAGAAAGAAAGGCAAAUUCGGCUCAACGAAGCGCUCUCUCUGCGAGAGUUUUAUGACGAAAAGUUCAAGUGGGAGACGCAAUGUAAGAUCCUGCUUGAAAGAAUGCGCCUUCUUUUUCAAUAA